CUGCCUACCAAAGACACUGCUAAUCGCGCGACCACGCUGAUCUCUCUUGACCCGGUGAGAGCGGGUCUGUUGUUCUCCCAGUGUUUAGUUGAGUUCAGUGAACGAACGCAGCAGCCGACAGUGGCGAGAACCCGCGACGACCCGUCGGUGCUGGGAAACGAUCCGGAGGAACAGUGAUUCGAACUGGAACAGUGAAGGAUUAGUGACGAUGAGGGAGUAGAGUGAGAAUGUCCGCGGUGUGAGUGAUGCCACCGGUUGGGAUGCUCCUGGACGCAGGUAUUUGAGGUGGGUCUACGGGGUUGUGCAAAGGACAGUGCUCGUACGCGGCAUGGAGCGUCGCGAGGGCAGGUAAAGACAGAACGGCGGGGUUAUGUGGAGGAUGCAGGAAGGCAGGACCGUGUCGCCGUUGGGACCGGUCGUCCUACCGCGCGAGGAAGCCGAUAUGCGUGCCGGGUUGUCGCUGCCUCAAGAAAGGAGGCACGUGUUGAUCCACGUACGCGCCGCGGAGCCUUUCGUGCGCUACGACGCCGCGCGUCAGCAGCACUCGCCGUCGACCUCGCCGAUCCUGCGGCCCGUCGACAAGGACUACCACGAGAUGGACGGCCAGGUCAGGGAGAAGAGAAUGGAUACCGAGGUCGAGGAGGAGGAGCAGGAAGAGGAGGAUGACGACGAGCCCGAGAACGAGAGGAACGUCACGCCGAGGAGGAACAUCGUCGAGGACGAGGAGGACGACGAGGAGCAGGAGGAAGAGGACGAAGAGAUGCAUCCUGGCAGUCGAAACGGAAACUACCAGGAGGACGAGGACGUCGAGGUGGAUGUUUGCCGCGACGAAGCCGACGAGAGUAACCCAAGCAGCCCCGUGGAUCUCACCGCCCCGUCGUCGAGAGGCGCGGGGUCCGAUCAGUUCCUCAACCCUUUCGCGAAUCGCGGCGUGCAUCCUUUCUCCUGUGUUCAGAGCGGUGGCCAGACACCUGGCCACGGGACUCCUGUGUAUAUAGCCGCCCACGCGGCGGCGGCCUCGACGGUGAUGACCGUCUGCACUUCCGGUAACGGGGCCAGGACUACUGGCACCGCGACAGGAAGCAUCACCACCACCGCCAGCACCGUUCAAGCGAAGAAGAGGUGCCUCGCGUUCUCCGUCGAGAAUAUCCUGGACCCGAAUAAGUUCACCGGCGGCCGCGUCGUUCACGGCACCCAUCAGCAUAGGCGACAUCGGCGGGCCGAUAGCGUGCACGAAGAUGGUGAUUCGCGGGGCGAGUUCGCCUGCGGCAGCGGCCAAGAGGACGAGGAGGGCACCCCCGACACGGGUAUGGAGGACAUGGACGAGGAUCCGGAAGAGGAGGAGGAGGACGAGGACGUGGAGAUGAAGGGGACGGAUCAGGAGUCCCCGAGCGCCGGCCGGGAGAACAGCAACGCCGGUGGUAGCAACGUGUCGUCGUCGGGCUGCAAGAAGAGGCAGUCGUCGUCGUCUUCGUCGUCGUCGGGCAGCGUGCAGGCUCAGGGGUGCCAGGGCCAGAAUCAGGGCAGCCAGAAUGGAACCAGCGGUAGCGGCGGGACGGGCGGCAAGCCUAGAAGGGCCAGGACAGCGUUCACCUACGAGCAGCUGGUCGCCCUGGAGAACAAGUUCAAGACCACCAGAUAUCUGUCCGUCUGCGAGCGUCUGAACCUGGCGCUGUCCCUCUCGCUGACCGAGACCCAGGUGAAGAUCUGGUUCCAGAACAGGCGCACCAAGUGGAAGAAACAGAAUCCCGGGCUGGACGUUAACAGCCCGACGGUGCCCACCACGCCGCCGCACCCCUCGCCUUACGCGCCCGCGUUCCUCUUCGCCACCCACCCCCACCAGCAUCCCCUGCCACACACCCAUGGCCACCCGCAUCCGCACGCACACGUCCAUCAUCCACCGCCCGUCCCACCUCCACCUGGUUAUUAUCACCCAGCCGCGCCACCUUAUCCUCCGACUGGACCGACGUUCUUCGGUCAUCACCUGUCCGCCAGCCCCGCAACGGCCUCUGGCCCACCACCCACCUCCACGCCCUCCUCCACGGGGCUGACGCUCUCGACGCAUCCUCAUCCGCACACGCACCCGCACGCGUAGCGAACUCGACGGUCCUCCGUGCGGACGUAGUCUUCGACCUCGUAGUCGUCGAGGGUUCGUUCAACGGGGAGAAGCGUGCGACGAUGGCUGCCAGAGGGUGGUUCGUAUGCGAUAGGCGGUCGGAACUGUGUCGCGGUUAUGGAGGGUGUCCCACCUGAAGUAGGAGUCGGUUUGAAGCUCUGUUAGCACGAGUUUCGUCAGAAAUGAAAUUAUUUCUAGUCGAUAUCUUGUGUCAUUUAGAAGAAUAGUAGCUCUACCCAUCUUUCGGAGGUUUGAGACCUACUCCCCUUUCUGUUUAAAAAAAAAAAGAUCUCACUUCAUUCCUAGCACUAGGCAUUUUAGAGAAUACUACUCGUAGGCUUCGGAUGAGACACCCUGUGUGCUGUUGAACGACGUUAUCAUGAUUUUCGUACCUAGGUGAGGGGUAUGGAGCGGUCGAGCUGCUCGAAAAGCGAAGAGAGUAGGUGUAGAGUAAGUCUGGUCGUUAUUGUUGAUUGUUUGCGUGCUAGUGGUUCGACGAGGAACGUCUGCGCAGCGUUGCUGUUCAAAUUGGCCCUUAACCCUAAACACGCAGCGUCGAAAGCCGAACCUCGAGACACUUCUUAAACUCUCAAGUUCGCAAACGAAGAAAACCCAUCUCUAAAUAUUACCUAUCGCAGAGAAAAAUAGAGUUUCGCCCGAGGUCAAUACGGAGCGCUCCGCAGACGAUCCCAGCGAGUGUAAAUAUUCCAGUGUAGCCUUCCGGUUCUCCGCGGCCGCGCAGCUCGACCGCAAACGCGGAAACGAAGAAACCCCCAUCUCCGGGACUCGCGAAAGUAAUUGACCUGGGAUUUCGCCUCCGACGGAUCGCGGGAUGAUAGGAGGAAGGGAGCGGGAGAUGUUUUCGCGAAUCGAUCGCGAUCACUCGAUGUACAAAAUGGCGCCGGAACGCGUCAGGCCGUUGAUCGUCCCGACGCACGUGGUUCGCCUCGAUAGAGUAAUCGGUUUACGCGGGUUGACGUGCAGGAAACGAGCGUAUCUCUUCGGAGGAUAUUGUCGGGGCGUUUAAAUUUCGCUACGCGCCGCGUACGGAAGCUGGAUGACGAAAGCGAGCGAGCGAGACAGAACGGAGCGAGGUGGGGUGAAUCCGUCAUCCGAGCGGAAAGAUAAAUACGCGGUGAUACGUAAACAAAGAAUAACAAGCGCUCGAUUGCAGCCCCCGCGCGUGAAAACCCAUGGUUCUGGGUUGGAGUGAUAUAAUUAAAAAAUUAAACGAACUGCGUAACCGUUAUAAACCGUCGCCAGCACCGCGUUUUCGCCGUUAUUUCGCGUUUCAAUCCAAUGUUCGCGAUGAUGUUUGAACGGGCCCGCAAUGACGAGUAACGAAAUGUGCGCAUGGAACGAAAAAACAAACAAAAAACGAACAACGAGCGAGCGAGCGAGCGAGCGAGAGAGAGAGAGAGAG